AUGCCUGCGGAUUCACCACCAAUCAACCUUUCAACACCGAGCUUCUUCUUUAAUGAUCCGCUAGACGAAAAUCAAGAAUUAAUUGGAGAGGCCUCAGCUGUUCAGGAUACCUCUUUUGAUUUCCCGGCUGAUACGGCCGUCGUCAGCGGUGGAACCGUGUUGUCGGCCGCCAAGACGGAGAAGAAGCGGCGCCGGCCGGCCCUUUCGUGUGAGCAAUGCCGGCGCCGCAAGAUCAGGUGCGACCGUAGUUUACCCUGUGUAAACUGUGUCAAGUCAAAGAUAUCGCCUUGCACCUAUGCCCCUACACAUGUGCCGGCUUCACGGGCUAGAAAAGCUACGAACCACGCUGUCGGUGCAGACUCAACCUCCCAUGUACCAGCAAGGUCAGCGACUGUUGAUCUUACAAGAAAACAGUCUCUUUCAGAUACAUCUGCGAGACAACCAUCUUCUAGCAUCCCUAGCUCGACAGUAGGAUCCAACUCAGGAGCCUCUACAGUUGAUGCUUUGGCCGCAAGAGUCAAGGAGCUUGAACAGAAGCUUGCUGAGUCUUGUUAUAUAACCCAGCCGGCAGAAGGCAAACUCUGGCAAGAUGAGGACCAUCAGGAGGAUGAAGCACCUAUGAAAGGGACUGUGUCUAAGACUAGAUUCUUUGGCCAGAGUCACUGGAUGAAUGGCGUUAAUAUGUUUCCUGGCAUUGUUGAUGUGCUCAAACAGGCAGAGUCUCAAAAGGCCCAGGCUUAUAUGGGUGCUUCAAAAUGCAAAGCUCUAGCACGUACCAUCAAGAAACACCGUCUUCGGCCUGUGUCGACCGACAAGCUGGGCGAGACUAUUCCUGAGCGUGGCCUUGCCGAUCAGCUCGUUGACGCCUACUUCGACACCUUCGAGGGCGUGCUCCGCAUCCUCCACCGUCCUACAUUCUAUGCCGAGUACGAACGCUAUUGGCAGAACCCCAAGGCAGCUAGUCAAGUGUUCGUCAUGCAGCUACAGCUCUGCAUGGCCAUGGGGGCAACUGUGCACGACGACAUCUUCAGUCUGCGCUCCACCUCUAUGCAGUGGGUGCAAGAAGUUCAGAUUUGGCUUAUGCUGCCGUCGGAGAAGAGCAGGAUGACUAUUGCCGGUGUUCAAAUCAUGUGUAUGAUGUGCCUUGCCAAGGCGUGCUGUGCUGUUGGCCAGGAUCUCACUUGGAUCUCAACAGGAUCUUUGGUCAGACAGGCCAUGUACAUGGGACUUCACCGAGAGCCCCGGCUUCUUGCCAACAUGUCUGUUUACCGGUCUGAAAUCCGGCGACGUCUUUGGGCUACCAUCCUCGAGCUCAACCUACAAACCUCCUAUGAUGCUGGCGGCCCACCUCUCCUUUCUCCCAAACAUUACGAUACACGACUCCCAGCCAAUUUGAACGAUGAUCAACUUACGGAUGAGCCAGAUGCUGACAGACAGCCAACUAGUGAUCCUGAGACACUGACUGACAUGUCCGUUCAGCUUGCGCUUCAAAAGUCCUACGCACUUCGCCUCCUCAUCAUCAAGCACGUCAACGAGUUUAGGUCUAAGGAGUCUUACUCCGAAACCCUUCGUCUCAACUCUGAGCUCACCAAAGCAUGCCGCACUUUGACAGAAACACUUGCUGCUCUAUCUCAAGCCCAGAGACAUCAGCCGCGGACUAUCUUCAAUCAGUUCCACAGUCCUCUGGUCCAGAUGUUUACGUACCGCUGCUUCCUUUCACUACACCAACCUAUGGUCGCUCGCUCGGCCGAUGAUCCAACCUACUACUACUCUCGCAAAGUAUCGCUUGACUCUUCCCUCAAACUGGCACAAAUCUGUGGUCUUACGACACCUCGUUACGGAACUUAUCCACCUGGCGGCUCGCAAGAUCCUGUAACUAGCUUCAACCGUCUCAUAACCAAUGGGGCGGGGGUCUUCCGUGUGGUCCCUACUCAGACGCUCUUCUCCGUUGCACUUGAGUUUGUCAAGAAAUCAGAGGAGCAGCGCGAUAGUCUCGGUGGAUUAGCCCCGAUGGGCAAUGGAGACCUUCGCUCGGUUCUCCAUGCUGCCCAAGUAUGGUAUGAGCGACGAAUCCUAGCAGGAGAGACGAAUGUCAAAGGAUACUGCUUUGUUGGUGCCUGUAUCGCGCUCGCUGAUGCCCUCGAAAUGGGAUUGUCGCAGGAAGAGACUGACCAAUCUGUCAUGGAUGCAGGGGCAGCUGUAAGCCUUCAUAGCUACGAUCUGCUGAAGCAGGCUGCUGAGUGUCAAGGCAUAGUAGUUCCCGAGUCUCCAGAUGCGGAAACGGCGCCUGUUGAUAUGCCUAGCCUCGACAGUGAUACCAUGCAGGGUAUCAUGGAGAUGCCAUUCGACUGGAUGGUUAUGGGUGAUCUGGGCUUGGAUGGUAUGGGAGGGUUCAAUUGGACCAGGAGUGGUAUGGGCAUGUCUCAACAGUUUGACGCUGUGGAUCCAUCAGUUGUGUCCCAGUUUUGA